AUGAGAUAUAUCGCAGCUUCACCGCUUCGUUUGCUUACAAAGCAACUGAGUGUGUUUGUUCUGUGUGAUUAUUUUCGGCUGAAAAAAAAAAAAAAAAAUGUGUGUAUAUCGAAAUAUCAUUUCUCAGCUUUGACUUAUCUGCUGUUGAUAUUGGUUGUUGUUGCUGACUGACUCAUCGUCUUCGAAUAAAACUCGGCGAACAGAUAAUUUGUGUUUUGAUAAAUUCAGUUGUUCGAUGACGUUCACGUGGUUGUGUGAAAAAAGAGUGUUUUUUGUUUAAUUUGAGUAUCACGUGUGUGCGAUUAUAAAAUACCUUUUUUGGUGGGAAAAACAAAAUAAAAAAAAAUGUCAAAAGACAGUAUGAGUGAUCACAAAGCUGAAUAUUAUCUGCUGAAUGCGAAACUAUGUCGGCUCGUACAAGAAAACCCAUGCAUGUAUGAUCGAUCGGCGCCAAAUUAUUUGAAGAAAGAUUAUGUCGAACGAGCAUGGACUAAUAUUGCCCGUGAGGUGAACGAUACCGUUGGCUCUUGCAAAGAACGCUGGAGAAAUAUUCGCACAGCUUAUGCUCGAUCGGUGAAUAUUUACAAAUCACCAUGCGGACCAAACAGACACAAACGUUACUACCUUCACGAUGAGUUACAAUUUCUUACCAAGCACAUAGCUCCAGGUCUGCCAAGUAUUCCAAUUCGAGUCUUAACUCCAACAGAAUUGGAAGAAAUGCAUGAAAAUUCCCGACAAUCUAUCGAUGUGACCGACGAAAGUUCUAACUAUCAAAUAAAUCUUGACUCUCCAUCGCCGCCGCCACAACCUGAAACAAUUGACGAACAAGUUCAAGAAGAUGAAUCAGAUCACGAACAAGAACGAGAUACAGAGCCGGAGCAAGAAACAGAUCGACAACCUGAAUCAGAAUCCCAACCAGUUAAUGAAGAACUUCCUGUUCAAGCUAAAAAACGUCGCCGUAAUAAUUCCGACGAAAUAUCAAAAGAAAUUGUUCCAAAGACACAAAAAAGAGACUUAGAUUCUGAUUUUCUACAAAGUUUACUGCCCGACAUGAAAAUCAUGAAUUACAGACAGAAAAUAUUAUUCAAAGGGAAAAUUUUCCAAGCUCUCGAAGAAGUUUUCAAUGAUCCAAAGGAUUUUCCCCGAAGAGAAGAAGCGUAUUUAUCACAAAAAAGUUCAUUCGCAGCUCCAACUCCUGUUACAGGACGAUCGUUAACGCGACAAUCUUUUGGAAAUAAAACUUUUGCUGAACGAAGAGAUAAGCAGCCUGAAGCGCCUUCAAAAAAUAAUAACAGACUUCCAAUGGUUCAAUUGGCUCAGGCACAAAAUGAAAGUGUGGUAGUUGUAAAACAAGAAAACGAAGAAGUAUUCGUGGAAGAUUAAGUUUGUUCUUAAA